GCGGGCGUGGCCAUGGCCAAGGCUGCUGCCUUGGAGCCUUGCAGUGACUUGGAUAUCCACGUCUACGAGAGAAACGCCUCGGCAGGAGGACUGUGGAAUUACACAGGCAAGGACAAAGAGAAAGUUUCAUGCACCGUGCCCGCCACAGAUCAGCGAAAAGCACGGGAAAACAGCGUCCCAGGCAUUCCGUACGUGUCUGCAAUGUAUGAGCACCUGGAAACCAACAUUGUCAAGGAUAUGAUGCGGUACAAAGACCUUGAAUUUCCACCAGAGUGCGAAACGUUCCCCACUAGACAGGAAGUCGCCGAGUACGUCCGCAAAUACGCCGCUACCAUUCCCGAUAGCGUGCAGUUCCACUACAACAGCACCGUCAUCGCGCUCGAGAAACAAGACUCGUGGCAAUUAACGUACAAAAACACUGUUUCCAAUGCGAUCUCGACUGAAUCGUUCGAUUACGUAAUCCUCGCCCAAGGACAUUUCGACCUGCCCUACAUCCCAGAAGUGCGCGGGCUCGAGGAGUGGAACGCUGCAGAUCCCACCAGUAUCAUCCAUGCAAAGUACUAUAACGACGUGGACCGGUUUGAGAACAAGACCGUCUUGGUGGUUGGAAACUCUGCCUCCGGCAUCGACAUUGCCACGCAGCUGACCACGUACGCGGGCAAUGUGAUCAUCUCGGCCGCGUCGCCGUCGCCCGUCGCCGAUAUUCUCAUCGACAACGUUGCGCAGAUCGGCAAAGUCGAGGAGUACCGUGUCGCUGACAGGUCGGUUGUCACCGUCGACGGCGAGACGGUCUCCGGAGUGGAUUAUGUAAUCUUCUGCACAGGGUACCUGUACAGCAUUCCAUAUCUCAAGUCGUACACUGAGGGGGAGCAGGCAAUAUUGACGACUGGCGAGCAUGUGCGCUAUGUGUACAAGCAGAUGUUCUAUAUUCCCGAUCCGACGCUGAUCAACGCUGGGCUGCCGAAGAACAUCAUUCCGUUCCCGUUUGCAGAGUGUCAGGCGCAGUAUGUGGCGCGGGUGAUUAGCGGCCGCGAGCGGCUGCCCUCGCAGGAGGAGAUGAUGCGGGACUAUGCAGACGAAGUGGCUAUGAAGGGGGACGGCAAGGGAUUCCACGAUUUGAAGUUCCCGGCGGACGCGGAAUAUUGCAACCACAUGUUUGAGCUGAUUGAGAACUCCAGGUCUGGCGGGUUUGUGGCUGAGUACUGGGACGAACAGCGCAAGGACCUGCGUUCGCGCACGGGCCAGAUCAAGGCCAAGCGUCUGGAGCUGAUUGUGGCGCAUGCGCUGCAGCUGCGACAGAAGCAUGAGAAGUUCCGGCUGCUGCGUGGCUAGGGUCGAGCAGUAGGCGGCGCAAACGUGCCUUGUUGCGCUCAAAAUCCAGGUAGCACAGACCGUGCAGCAGCGAGUCGGCCACGUCGUCGCCCUUUCUGCGCGACUCUGCCGCGUCGAUUUUGUAGACAGAGUUGACAGAGUUGAGAUACAGCAUCUGAUCGUAGAGGUGCCGCGACGGAGACCGCGCGGCCGGCAGUUUUGGCGGCGAAUGUAGUGCGUAGCACUCUCCAAGUGCGAACGGGACCUCGUGCAAGCCCUGUCCCGCCAGCAACACGUCCAUCCAGCGCGCGACUUUGACCAUUCGCUCGGUCUUCGAAUCUUUGCUGCCUGUCCAGUACGAUGCCAUUUUCUGCGGUGACUGGCUCUCCACAUGGCAGCUGCCCUUGGCCAGUAUCGUGGCUACCAGAAUGCUUUCAAGAAUGUUGCUCUUCAAAAUGUGCUCAAACACAUUCUUGUUUCCCAUUGUGCGGAACCGCUGUCGCUCCACCACCACCACGUCGGGCACGUCGCUGGCGUACACGAGAUCGCGCACCACGUGACCCAUGAUCUGGCUGUAAUUGACGGGCGUGAACUCCUCGUUUUCGAUGCCGGUGUACUGGUGUAGGUCCAUUUUGUACCACUGGACGAGCAACGGCCUGCCGCGCUCUUCCAGCGUCUCUAGCCUAAACCGGCUGAACGAGAAGUUGCGCAGGCCCACGUCGAUCGCGAGCACGUGAAAAGGUUCCUUCAGCAAAGAC